GACUUCUGGUGGAUUUUCUUGCUUCCGCAAACAUCAAACCAGAUCCAAAGCUAUGGACGAAGAAGAGCACGAGGUAUACGGAGCGGAGAUUCCUGACCUGGAAGGCGAUAUGGACCCUCACAACGCCGAAGUCGACAUGUCCGCCGCCGAUGAAGACGCCGUUAAGGAGCUGGAUGAGAUGAAGAAGAGAUUGAAGGAGAUGGAGGAGGAAGCGGCGGCUCUCCGCGAGAUGCAAGCUAAGGUUGAGAAGGAGAUGGGCGCUGUUCAAGAUCCAGCUAGUACAACUGCUAACCAAGCAAAUAGGGAAGAAGCAGAUUCUCGUUCUGUGUUUGUUGGCAAUGUUGAUUAUGCAUGCACACCAGAAGAAGUCCAACAGCACUUUCAGUCUUGUGGUACAGUUAACCGGGUUACUAUUCUGACGGACAAGUAUGGCCAGCCAAAGGGUUUUGCUUAUGUGGAAUUCCUUGAAGUAGAAGCUGUACAAGAGGCUUUGCUUUUGAAUGAAUCUGAACUACACGGACGUCAAUUGAAGGUUUUGCCCAAAAGGACCAAUGUACCUGGAAUGAAGCAGUAUCGACCGAGGUACUUCGAUCCUUCCAUGGGUUACCGGUCUAGGAGGCCAUAUGUGCCUUAUUACUCCCCUUAUGGAUAUGGGAAGGUUCCUAGGUUCAGAAGGCCAAUGCGAUACAUGCCGUAUUACUAGGCAUUGUUAAAGAUAAUAUCAGGUGGAUGUUUCCAUCCAGGAACUCGAGUUUUCUCAUUUAUGAUCUUUCAGGAAGAUAAAGAGAUGUUUUAUGGGUAUGAUGAUAUUUAUAACUGAUGACACUAAAGAUUGAUGAAAAGUCUUAUUUCAGACAUUAUCCUUCUGGCAAAAUUUUCUUCAUCAAGGAGUUUGCUAGCAUUUGGAUAGGGAGGGUUUGAAUUCUCUCACUCCCUCUCUUUGUAAGGGAUUGAAAGGUUCCCCAUGUACACGAACUUGGCCUUUUUAUUUUAUUGCAUUGUAUCCAGUUUAAAAACUUAAUAUAUAUUUUAUGACAUCGUAACUUGAGAAUA